UCGUGUGGAUACUGGGAUCACAAGAAGUAGAUGCUGCAUUUUGUACUGGAUUUCUUGUAGAAUGCAGAACGGUGCAACCUACGCCUCGUCACUUCCACCACGCAUCCAAGCAGCAAACCUGUUGCUUGUAUCAGUUGAGUUGUUAGCGGUAUCACUCGUGGAAGUUCUGGUGUUCGCACUGAUAAAGUUCAAGCAUUCGUAUGUGUUACUACGAUAUUAUAAUAUUGGUUGUUUUUGAUCCGCCUCUUUUCAUCGUUAAGUUGUGAUAUAAAUAGUGAAUUGAUUUGUGAUAUUACAUGAUGUAUUCGCCUCAUGGACAUUGUGUGGUGGUUUUAUUAAUGUAUCAAAAAUUAAGCGACGUGUUAAUUAUGCUGGUAUGUUUCUUGAAAUUCACCGAAAUUGUUAAAAGUGUACGAAUUACGAGCACAUAGAGUAUGUAUUGUACAAUUGUACAUCAGUUCGCCUGCUGCAAUUCGAAUUAUUAUUAUUAUUAUUAUUGCAUCAAGACAAUGGAUUGCGGAUUACAUUGCGGAGUGCAGACAAUUAUUUUACAAAAAGAUUUUGAUUAACAUCCUUCGGAUUUUGGUUUUGCAAUCGUAAAAGGGGCACGCACAAUUUGCUUUUAAUUUCUAAAAGAUGCUACUCUUAAACAAUGGCACAGUUGCAGACAGGAAUAGAAUGCACUACGCCAGUACAGUAAUACAUUUAAUAUGCACUUGGAAUUGGUUUAUCUAUAAUACAACGUAUCACCUAAUCUGCCUGCGCACAACUGUGCACGCCGCAUUUAAUUAAUUCAGCUGUUUUCGUCAUAAGUUUACUUCAUGGGCAACUAUUCCUUCUGGUAAAACUUCCAACAAGUAAAUCUAACAAAAUGAACAGUAAUAAUAUCGUUUCUAAACAAAACGGCGUUAAUAAUCGUCAUAAUACGAGUCAUAAUCUCGUAUGUUACGAUGCGUGAAUCUGUGCAGAUGCUGUCCUUACUGUUCACUAUACGCAAAAAAUUCUUAUGCCGUCGUCUGGCUGCACGGUACAAAGCAAUUAAUUUACCGCUGCCGGCAAAAUUAAAGACACGUUCGCACAUUAGUUGCAACAUCGUAUUAUAUUCGUACCGUUCUUAAUCGAACAUCUUCGACAGCGAACGUACUUAUUGACCAAUAGUAGUGUCCAAGAAAAAGAAGAUCUCUGCAACUUAUUGGUCAUAAUGUUGCUGUAAAAUCAUAUAUACAGAGCACAUAAACGUACACCGAAACUUCUGCUGUGCGCACAAUCGCUUACUUUCCUAGCAGGAAAAUAAGAAUGCUUGACAAGUGUUUAUGACUAUACGAUAGUAGCUGAAGCGGAAAAAGAUCUGACCUGAUAAUUUUUGUCAGCUCAAAUAUUGCAGAUUCUGUGCUGCCAAUUACUGAGCAUCUGGAAUCAUUUUAGCAAAUCCGGCAGCUGGUCAUGGCGUGCUGAUAAUUUAGCAAUACUUCUGCAUUUGAUGUUGAGUAAUUGACUGUGCGCGCCGAAUUAUUGCACAAGAUACAAUUGUAAAAUUAAUUAAUACAAUCGAAUAUAUUUCUCUGGUUGUAUAACCGGUGCACCAAUUUUUAAAAUUUAUUUACUUGUUCUACCUGGGUUACUUCUAGUUAGUUCACGAUAAUUAAUUUAGUUAUGGAGACGGGAUCGAAAAUUGUUACUGUGUUUAUUUCUGUCAUCAUCUGCGGUUGCUUCGGUUCGACAGAGCUCGGCGGACCACCCCCGGAAGAUCUUCUGAUACCUGUCACCUAUGACCUUCCGAUAAACUCAUCGGUGGUUAGUCUAUCCCGUUUGUUUCCAGCCGGUACAAAUUUCUCGAUGACCUCUUUGUAUUAUCAAUCGCGGACAACUUAUGCCCAGCCGUCCUUGGCGUUUUUCCUGGACAAUCAGCAACUAACUUUGCGAUCCCAGGAAAGUCUUAGUCAGUAUAACCGAGGAUUCUUCAAGAUCAAAAUAAAGAAGUACUCAUUGCUGGGACCAGAUAGCGGAAUCGAAACCGUUGAUGAACUAAAAGUAUUUAUCGUGGACAAAAAUAGCGCUUUGAAAGUUGUGGCUAAGCAAAAUGUGCAAAUAUUAGAGAACUAUAAAGCGGAUAUCUUACAUUCUCUUGAGAGCACAAUCCUGUACAACGGCCAGAAGGUGAACUUUAUUGCGGAGAAAGUUCGUUAUACAAUUACGGAUGGAGUGGUCGAUAUGAAUCAGGCGGAACUAUGCUUCUAUGUUGUUAUGCCACCUGGCUUUGUGCUACCGGGACAGGAAAUUCUGGCACUUCUACAGCCCACCGGGAAUUCACUGUUGCAGCUGUCAUAUGAAAGAUACAAUAUUUCAAAGAUAAUAUCCUGUAUUCCCGAUCCAAAUACGUCGCCAAAUUACAAACUGGACAGCUUAUCCAUCGGUCUACUGGUGCUGGCUGUUGCACUGGCCAUUACACUGAUUUGCGCAAUCAUCUUCAUAUGCUGCUGGAUACGCAUGAAGAAGCUGCAGGCCACCGUGACAUGUAUCUCCACCUCCGCAUCCACCCAUCAUCCGUCGUCGCCGGCACAUAUUUAUGCGAUGCCGAAAGUGUCUUAUUAUCAGAAUGGCCACUUUGCCGCCCCACCACCCUGGCCCCAUUUAUCCGGCUAUCCGUUCUACGAUGUCAGUUUACCGGCGAAACGGGCAACCUUACCCAGUUCCUGUGAUGUCAAUUAUGAAUGGCAGGAAAGCACAAUGGAUCUGGCGGUGGAUGCCGACAGUCUCACCCAGGGAUCUAUUCUGCAUUUAGCGGAAACCUCUUCUUCGGCGCCCAGCAUAGCGGAGGAUACUCCGUCUCGAAAUACAUUAACACCCUCUCCGCAUUCUGAACUAGGAUCGGCUCAUGUCGAAAACACGACCUUAUAGAAACUGCUUUUACAGUAAACGCAUUUUAUCUAAAUUGAUUUUUUUGGAAAGAUUGCACCUCUCAAAAUCAGGCUUUCAAAUGCUUCGCGAAUACAUAAUUAAUGUUGACGGGUCAUGACUCACAAUGAGCAAUUGAGCAUAGAACGAUUUUAUUACUGUACUACAGUACUUAAUUUAUUCAACGAUUCUAUCGUCGAGCCAAUAAACACG